UCCGGUUGAAAUGUGUUGAAAUGACUUAAAAGAAUGCUAUUUUGAGGGGGCUCUGUUGUGAAGAAAACACACCCAACGGAGAUAACAGAAUAAAUCACCAUGGACAACAAUCUCCUUGGACAGGCUGUACAAUACCAUGGAGCAGAGCUAGUCCGAUAUCUGCAUAUGGAGGACCAGCGAAUUCCACAGACUGUUGUUGACUUCCUGUCCAAAUAUAGACCCAGACCUCUGGAGAUUCCGGAAGAGGACUUUCAACAGAAACUGCGCCGGUUCAUUGCUCGAAAGUCUGACCUACUGUUCAUACCAAAUGAUCCAAAAGAGGAUGAAGCUCAUUCUGAAAGCAACAAGGUGGACGAGGAUGACAAAUUUGCUAAAAUGCCACCGUUGGAAUCUUUCAUGGGUAUUUCAUCUAUCUACUGUAGAGAGCAUUUCUUCAAUAGUCUAGAGAAGAGAGACUUAGUGGUGGGUGUGGUGUCCUCAGUGUUGGAGAGUGGCAUAGUAGUCACCUUAUUAUGUAUGGAUGGCGGAAAAGUCCGAGAUAUUGAUGAACUAAAAACCACGGCUUUCUGUCCCCUCAAGGAGUUACCAAGGCUGUUUGCUAAUCAGAGUCCUAUUGAAGGAUUUCAGGUUAAAGACAAGGUCAGAGGGGUGGUCCUGAAUGUGAACCAGGAGACAGAGAAAGUCAUUGUGUCUAUGUUGGAUCGAUCACUUCCAGAGGAACAUUCCCACAUCAAAUUGGGUUUGAUCAAUGAAGAUGACUUUCCUGUUCAUUACAGACGGAAGCUACAUAUCCGAGGAUUAGCUUUUGAUGAGCUCCUUCACUCCAUCCUCGGCUUCAACAAUUCCGGCAAUGUAUCAAGUCUCUUAGGGCUAUUACACCUCUCCGACUCGACUUCCAUCAUGCGUGGGCUUCACAGGAAAACAAUCCCAGAAAAGGAGUAUGCUGAAAGUUUGAGGAAAUACCAGUCUCAGAAAUGGGCACACCAAAGUGUUGCUAAUGGUGUUGCCAUGUUUAAGGCUGGCAAACAAGUGGAAGCAAUGCAGUACCUUAACAAGGCUCUUCAGAUUGACGUUAACAAUGUGGAGGCUCUGGUUGCUCGUGGGGCACUCUAUGCCAACAAUGAGAGCUACAACCUAGCCAUCCAGGACUUUGAGCAGGCUUUAGAUAUUAAUAGCGAACACCAGAAUGCAAGGAAAUACCUCUAUGAGACUCUUUUAGCCUUGGCCAAGGUGUUGGAGGACCAGAGUGACUUCGACGGUGCAGAGAAACAGUAUCACAAAGCUAUGUCAUUACAGCCGAACUCUGUGGAAAUUCGGGAGCUAAUUCGUUACAUGAUGGUCAGAAAGGAUAGAAAGGAGCGUGAAAGAGCUCUGCGAGGACGAUCUCCGUCACCCGUCAUCAAUCCAGAGAGGGGUUUUGACAAAUUUUCAGACAGGAAUCAAAACAAAGAAACGUCAAGAACACUGAAAAAAUUAAUUCAGGAAGACCGAUCAAAACAUGGAGACUCUAGUAAAAGAAAGAGAAGUUCUGGGGGCCAUUAUUUUGAAGAGAAAAGUCAUUCCCGGCACCAACGCUCAGUCUCCAGCAGCAGUAGCAGUAGCAACAGCAGUAGUAGUGGAAGUUCAAGUGACAACAGUUCAUCUUCUGACAGCGAGGAUUCAUCUGCUCCUGGAGAUCAUAGACAACCACGCAGGGAGAAGGACAGACGUCGCACGGAACAGAUGAAUAAAGACGCUGACAAGUACAUGAAUCCGGAGUCCUCGAAAGAAGACUACCAGGCAGAAAUGGAUCGUAGGUCAGCAGCUAAGAUGAAGAUUGAAUCUCCAAGUGGAGUAUUUAAUGUUAAUCACACCUCGUCCUUUUUAUUUGGUGCUGAUGGGAACUACAGAACCUCGCCUCCACAUGAGGAGAAGAAGAAAGCUGAAGAGAAAGCAAGGGUUAAAGACAGGAAAGAUGAAGGAACAAGAGAGAAACAUAAAGGGCAUUCUUCUAAAUACAAGUCCAAACUCCAACCCAGAGAUAAGGAUGAACUACACAGCAAGAGAAAAAGACCCGAAGAGAAGGAGUCAGGCAGAAGUGGGAAGGAUCAUCGUAGUUCUCGUAGUAGUGAGCGAGCAAAAUCAAAUUCAGAACAGAAAAGGAAACGUAGGGAGUCAUAUGAUGAUACAAGUGACAGAGAAAGAAAACAUGACAGUUCAUUUGAACGAAAGUAUGACCAGGUCAGUGAUAGAGACAGCACGUUUGAUAAUUCAUUUGAAAGAAAACUUGACCAGUUUAGCGAGAGUGGGAGUGACCGUGGCAAAGUUAAAAGUGAUAGACAGGAGAAAUAUCUUUAUGAACGUAAAAAAAGCCCUGAAAUGGAGAGUGAGAUUUCUUACAGCAAAGAUAGUACUGAUAAUAAGGACCGUGAGAAGUAUGGUGCCAAAGAGCACAGCAAGAAACAUAAUGAUGAGGAUGAGUUGUUGGCUGGUUCUAGAAUCAAAGAUAAAAAAUUACCAUCAAGAAAGAGAGACCGAUCUAGGUCAGGUUCAGCUCAUUCCUUUGAGGAACGGGAGAGGUCUAUGUCUCCCGAAGAACAUAAAAGGCAAUAUCUACAAAUGAAGUACGAGAGAUGGAAGCAAGCAACACAAAUUGAAUUGGAGAGGAAAUGCAAACAGGCCCAGUACAAGAGAAAACAUGAUAAAAAAACGCCAGGCAGAAAUACUGGAAAGGGUGAGGAAGGAAGAGAUGCUUUAAAUAAGGACAAAAUUCAAUCUAGCUAUAAGGAAGGUCAAGGGUCAUCAAGGGGUCAGGGAUCAUCAGUAGCUGUUCUAAAACAAGAGGCAGUCAAGUCUAAGUGGGACAGUCCAGGAGAUGAUGUGUCUGAAAUGGACAAAGAACGGAAGAGAAAAUCGCGUUUUGACACAAUACAACACGAUAAAAAUGAUGAACUAGACAAAGAUGAUUUUGUUAAGACAGUGGUCAUCGAAGGAAAAAGAAAUGAUAUUAAAGAAACAAGUAAGAAUGAUGAUUGGGAACAGUCUUCUGAAAGUUCAGAUGCUAAAAAGAAAGCGAAACUAAAGACAAUGACUGACACAGAAAAGGCACAAGCAAGUCGAGACAUGGAGGGGUUGCGGAUUCACAUUAAGAAUGAUCACUUCAAUGACAAGAAAUUGUCUGUUGAUGAUAAUAAAGGACACUCAGGAAAGGAAAGUCGGGAGGGUUCCAUCACAAGCAGCCGAGGAACUCACUCUAGUUCACGUCAUCAUAGGUCUUCCCCAGAGCUAGAUAGGUCUAAACGCCAUUCAGCACAGGGAGACACAAGGGACGAUCAUGGGCAUUCUAAACGCUCCCCAGAGUCCGAAGGUUCUUAUGGAAGUUGUGACAAAGAUUAUGAUGAGAUUCCAGAUAAAAGUUCAGGUCGGUAUAGAAAUAUGGAGAAGAAUUACAAAAAGUCAAGAACUUCGAGUGAUUCACAAGAUCAACGUUACUUCAAAGGCAGUGACUAUAAGCUUAAAAGUAACAUUUCUGAUAAGAGUGGUGGCAGAGAGUAUAAGAAAACCAACAAAUACGAAUCUCGUGGGGCAGGACGUGGAUGGGUCAUUAGGGGUAGGGGAGGAAAUAGGGGUCAAGGGAGAGGAAAAUACAAAGGCUCAUUCAAGGACAAAAGAGAAUAUGUACAUAAGAAACAUUACAAAGAUUAUCACAAAGGUCAUAAACAAUCACGGAACCGUAGCCCUUCAGACUCCAGGUCAUCUCGUAGUUCAUCAACCUACUCGUCUUCAUCGUCUCCGAGUUCAAAUAGGAGGAAAGGAUCUCGCUCUUCACCGUCUAGGAAAAGCUCUAGUAGCUACCGGCGCAAAUCCUGGACUUCUAAUCGUUCACCUCAUAGUUAUGUAGAUCCAUAUGACAAAAGUAAACCAAAGUUUACUAGUGCAAGGUUCCCAAAGGUCAAACAGCCGAUACUAGGUGAGCUGGCAAUGUCAAGCCGAUCAGAAUCAAGGGCCCCACCACAACCUGCACCUCUAACAGAGCAUGAAGAACUGAAAAAGAAGGAGGUGUUAUCCCAACUGGAGAGCUUCCUAAGUCAGUUGAAGGAGAAAAAGAAAGAACAGACAUCUACAAAUGAUGGAACCUCUAAAACUCCAGAGAAAGUGUGACUUGUAGAAUCUGGUAUAUUAUUUUGAAUCUAGCGAUUGUUGUGGUUAUUUUCCGAAAACAGUGAAUUUAAAAAUGUCAUGUUACAGGAUUGAAAACUUCAUUUGGGCACUCUCCUUUGAAUAUGUCAUAUAUUUCCAUAUCAUUGUCCAUGGAGUAUGAUCUUUUGAGAAUUGUUGUUGUUAAAAUUUUGACAAAAUAGAAAAAAACACCAUGUUAAUUUUGGUAGAUUUUCAGAAUAUUGUGCUGCAUGAAAAAUACAGUAUUCAUUAUUUUUACUUAUGAUCAUGUGUUGUGAAAACUUUUCUCAUAACCUUUUUUCAGUGAACAAUUUGUUCAACAUUAAAAUAUGAUUUAAGACUUAAUUAUGUAA